AUGGAGGGUGACGUAGAUGGCAUAAUGGAGUGUCCGAAAGGAUCCGACGACCAGUCGCAACGAGCGCGAGAGAAAUGGGAUGCGUGGAAACAGCAAAACGGUCUUUCUCGCACAGAAGCCAAACGCCGGUACAUUACCACCCUAAUCGACACCAUGCACAAAUACGCCUCACCGUCGCCCGACUCGCGCGAACUUGUCGCUGAACUCGAAUUUGUCUGGGACCAAGUAAAAUCAAACGUACCGUCUUCGUCCUCAUCCUCACCACUCCGCACACUAGACCACAUCCAAUCCGGAUAUUCGCAGCACGAGUUGGGCCAAAGCGGGCGUGCAGCCAUGGGCAUGAAAAAUACUCUCGAAUACGACCGUAGCAAGCGCAACUCGGUCCCGCGCGACGAGGAACAGGAACAAGAAGAAGAUUCACCCGCGCCCAUGCGCGUCAAAUCGCCCAUGUCGCAAUCCGAAGAAGCCCUCGAAGAAGAAGAGGCAAAUAUCGACCGCGAAGUCUUCGUCGAUGCCCCAGACUCUCAAUACAAUCCUACCUCCUACCCCGACGAUGAGCCCAGUCUCGAAGACGCGGCUGUCCAAACCGACCUCCAACAGCUCAUGAGAGCGGAACCAAUACCCAUGCAGACUCCCACCCCCGCGCCACGAAAUAGAGGCAUGGCUGUUCUAGGCAAACCCAUACAAAUACCCAUCCCCGGCUUCGGCACCACGCCCGCCGCCGCCGCCGCUGCUCCAACCAAAGACGAACCCAAAGAAAACGCAGCGGACCAAAAGUGGAAAAAGCGCGUGGAGCAGAGCCUCAUGAAGAUGACGGCCGAAGUUUCCGCCCUCCGCGAACAAUUAGAGGCGAGGAGGUUGUUCGCACAUUCGGCCCAUUACCGCCUUUUCCGCGGCAUCUGGCGCUGGGUUUCGGCGUGCGUGAGGCAUAUUGCUGUAGAUGUCUUUAUAUUGGGCAUUGUACUGCUGUGGAUGCGGAGAAAGAAGGAUAGGAGGCUGGAGGCAGCGUUGAGGAUGAUGCUGAGUGAGGCGGUGGGGAAGAUGGGGGGGGUUAGGAUUCCGCUCGUUGUAGGGAGAAAGAAGUCGUGA